AUGUCGUUGAACAUUUCCGUGUGUGGGGGGGGGGGGAGUUUCCUGUCUGCUCGUUGACGUCCCCUCCCUAACAGAAGGCCUUCUACCCACCCUUUGACGGCCAGGGAUUGUAUGAGUUGUCCUGGUGAGAAAGACUGGGAUGAUUGAGUCUGGUUCUGCUAUGUCUGUCAGAUGAGAGGUUCACACACACACACACACACACACACUGUGUGUCUGAUAUGGCUGAAGAGAGGCGGUGGAAGGAGUGGUAACUGUCCGCUUCACUUCCCCUGACCCUCCAGUACAAAGCCGUUUAAUUGGUUGGCUCCAGUUCCGCUGUUUCCAGGUGGUCUAAAUGGUCUUGUUGGUCCCGGAGAACGGUAGCACUGGUCUUUUGAUAGAUACAGUACUGUGUGUGUGAGUGUCAGUGUGGACUAGGUUAUGUAAUGGUUCUACCGUAGGGUCCUGGGGUCGUCUGGGGACAGACAUUUCUUCUCUCUAACUGUCUAACUGUCAAACAAAUGAAACAUCUAAUGGCCAUCUGAUGUAUGUUCUAUUCUGAGUUAAAUUAAGGUUGCUGGCUGUCAACCCAACGGUGUGGUUUUGUGCUCUGAGUUGUGUACAGGGUCAUUCAAGGAACUAACCAGUUGUAGCAUAUCUGUCUGCCUGCCUGUCUGUCUGUCUGUCCUGCCUGUCUGUCUGUCUGUCUGUCUGUCUGUCUGUCUGUCUGUCUGUCUGUCUGUCUGUCUGUCUGUCUGUCUGUCUGUCUGUCUGUCUGUCUGUUUGCCUGUCUGUCUGCCUGCCUGUCUGUCUGUCUGUCUGUUUGUCUGUCUGUCUGUCUGGCUAUAUGUCUGUCUGUCUGAUGGACUUUACAUGCUGUGGGUUCUGGUGUAACAUGAAGCAGCUGUCUGUCUGUCUGUCUGAUGGACUUUACAUGCUGUGGGUUCUGGUGUAACAUGAAGCAGCUGUCUGUCUGUCUGUCUGAUGGACUUUACAUGCUGUGGGUUCUGGUGUAACAUGAAGCAGCUGUCUGUCUGUCUGUCUGAUGGACUUUACAUGCUGUGGGUUCUGGUGUAACAUGAAGCAGCUGUCUGUCUGUCUGUCUGAUGGACUUUACAUGCUGUGGGUUCUGGUGUAACAUGAAGCAGCUGUCUGUCUGUCUGUCUGAUGGACUUUACAUGCUGUGGGUUCUGGUGUAACAUGAAGCAGCUGUCUGUCUGUCUGUCUGAUGGACUUUACAUGCUGUGGGUUCUGGUGUAACAUGAAGCAGCUGUCUGUCUGUCUGUUAUCUCACUGUACAAACUAUACCUCGUUCCUGUGUCUGUGGUGCAGUUUAUCUUAGUGUCUAACAUCUGAUCACAGCAACAGGAUAUAAAUCCCAGAUGUGAUGUUGCAGCUCUGCAGGGUCACUAGCUGACACAGACAUAAACCUAACCUUAACCCUGAACUUAACCACACACUGCUAACCUUUUUGGUUUUCAUGAAUUUUGUGUGAUAUAUAGUCCAUUUUGACUUAGCCGCUGGCCCAUCUAAUGGAAGUCAUCCCGCUCUGCCUCCAGGACAAUAGAUGUCAACCUGCGAUAAAGGGUGAAGGUGCUAAUUCAUUCAAGACUGGUUAAUCAGUUGAGCUAAAUGCAGAUGCACUGUUGCUUUACUGUGAGUCCCUAACAGUGGUGUGUGUCUGUGUGUGUGUCUGUGUGUCUGUGUGUCUGUGUCUGUGUGUGUGUGUGUGUGUGUGUGCAUGUGCAUGUGUGUGUGUCUGUGUGUGUGUGUGUGUGUGUGUGUGUGUGUGUCUGUGUGUCUGUGUGUGUGUGUGUGUGUGUGUGUGUGUGUGUCUGUGUGUGUGUGUGUGUGUGUGUGUGUCUGUGUGUCUGUGUGUGUGUGUGUGUGUGUGUCUGUGUGUGUGUCUGUGUGUCUGUGUCUGUGUGUGUGUGUGUGUGUGCAUGUGUGUGUGUCCUGCAGGUAAAAACUGGGACCUGAGCGCUGCUCUCAGUGACUAUGAGCAGCUAAGACAGGUACACACUGCCAACCUGCCCACUGUCUUCAAUGAGGGCCGUUACUACCGGCAACCAGACCAUGACACCCCCCAGCACCUCAGCAAGGUGGAGCGGCCCAGUGUCCAGAGACAGGAGGACAACAUGCAAGGUGGGCCAAACCAUCUGGGGAGAUGGGGGGGGGGGGGGGGGGGGGGGGGUACUGGUGGUCAUUCCUUUCCAAUAUUGAGUAGUAAUAUAGAGUUUUGUUUGCGGUGUUCUACACUGUAGUUGACUGGACCUAAACAUGGAAGGUUCAUCUAGAAAGCAGUUGAAAGCCAUGAAGCUGCAAUUUUCACUCUCUCACUCUCUCACUCUCUCUCUCUCUCUCUCUCUCUCUCUCUCUCUCUCUCUCUCUCUUCUCUCUCUCCUCUCUCUCUCUCUCUCUCUCCUCUCUCUCUCUCUCUCUCUCUCUCUCUCUCUCUCACUCUCUCUCUCUCUCUCCAGAGAAGCGCCUGUCUCGGGGCAUCUCCCAUGCCAGCUCUGCCAUCGUGUCGUUGGCACGGUUCCACGUGGCCAGUGAGUGUACCGGUGAGCAGAUCCCUCUGGAGAUGCCCAUCUAUACCUUCCAGCUGCCUGACCUCAGCGUCUACAGCGAAGACUUCAGGACCUUCAUAGAGAAGGACCUCAUCGAACAGUCCACCAUGGUGGCCCUGGAACAGGCCGGUGAGAUGGGACAGACACGCCAGCCUGCACACACACACACACACACACACACACACACACACACACACACACACACACACACACACACACACACACACACACACGGUCACGGCGGCACGCGCGAUACACACACACACACACACACACACACACACACACACACACACACACACGGUCACGGAGGCACGCAAGAUACACACACACACACACACACAACACACACACACACACACACGGUCACGGAGGCACGCAAGAUACACACACACACACACACACACACACACACGGUCACGGAGGCACGCACGAUACACACACACACACACACACACACACACAACACACACACACUGUUUUUAGGGUUCUAAAACACACUCGGUUGAUAUGGGGUGGACACAUCAACCAAUUGCCAAUUUCCUCUUUUUGUUAGUGAAGCCACGCCUUGGAUGAUGUAGCGUUUGAUUACAAGCUGUCUGGCCCGUGGGAGAGAGGACGCUUCACUGCUUCUAGUGAUUAAGGCCUGCAUGCAUCCCAAAUGGUAACCCUAUUCCCUAUAUAGUGCACUACUUUUGACCAGGGCCUGUAUGGUUCUGGUCAAAAGUAGUGCACUAUGUAGGGAAUAGGGUGCCAUUUUGGGACUGAACCUAAGAUCUCAGAGAACACGUUGUUUUUGUUUCUCCCCAGAGGAGUUGCUUUAAAGGAUGCCUCCUGUUACUUGUCCGUUCCCAUCAGGAUAGAGAUGUGUUGUUGUGUUAGCAUGAGUCACACGCACACACUAGUCUACGAAGAAAUACAUCAAAUGAGAAAUGGCCAAGCCUUAUACUGUAAGACACUGUUCCGACUGUCAAAAUUCUAUUGACAUUUGCACUAUGUAAAUUAAACCUUUGAUUUUACAAUUGGAUACAGUCACUGUUUUAUUAGAAUCUAUGCAAAUGUUAGCAGGUGCAAUGUGGGUCCCCUUGUGGCUCAAUUGGUAGAGCAUGGCGCUUGCAAUGCCAGGGUUGUGGGUGCAAUUCCCCACGGGGGGACCAGUAUGAAAAUGUAUGCACUCACUACUGUAAACCUCUCUGGAUAAGAGCGGAUAAUAUAUUGUCAAUCAGUGCACGGGGUCCUAGAUUUACUGGAAUGAGACAGCUUUAGGAAGUGUGGAUAGGACAACAACAUGCAUCUAUCCAGUUUGGUUACAGAUCACUGGUAGUCUGUGGAUAGGACAACAAAUGCAUCUAUCAGUCUGGUUACAGAAUCACUGGUAGUUGUGGAUAAGACAACAACAUGCAUCUAUCAGUUUGGUUACAGAUCACUGGUAGUCUGUGGAUAGGACAACAACAUGCAUCUAUCCGUUUGGUUACAGAUCACUGGUAGUCUGUGGAUAGGACAACAACAUGCAUCUAUCAGUCUGGUUACAGAUCACUGGUAGUCUGUGGAUAGGACAACAACAUGCAUCUAUCAGUCUGGUUACAGAUCACUGGUAGUCUGUGGAUAGGACAACAACAUGCAUCUAUCAGUUUGGUUACAGAUCACUGGUAGUCUGUGGAUAGGACAACAACAUGCAUCUAUCAGUUUGGUUACAGAUCACUGGUAGUCUGUGGAUAGGACAACAACAUGCAUCUAUCCGUUUGGUUACAGACUACUGGGAGUCGUUAACCCAACCCCUGACUGCGUUGUUGUUUUCUGUUGUAUGAACAGCUGUUGUUACUGCAUCUCCAGAGGCCCUUAGUUCAUUUCCUCUACCACUAGGUUGUUCUGAGCCUAUCAGAGUUCACUUCCUCUACCACUAGGUAGUUCUGAGCCUAUCAGAGUUCAUUUCCUCUACCACUAGGUUGUUCUGAGCCUAUCAGAGUUCACUUCCUCUACCACUAGGUUGUUCUGAGCCUAUCAGAGUUCACUUCCUCUACCACUAGGUAGUUCUGAGCCUAUCAGAGUUCAUUUCUCUACCACUAGGUAGUUCUGAGCCUAUCAGAGUUCACUUUCUCUACCACUAGGUUGUGGUUGUUCUGUGCCUAUCAGAGAUGAUCAGUCCUCUGCUCCUCUCCCUCUGGACUCUCGCGCCACUCUCCCCUGUUAAAGGUGCAAUAUGCAGAAAUCGCUCCACCAUUUCCUGGUUGCUAAAAUUCUAAUAGUUUGCCUAAUUUCAGUUUAUGUGACAAAACAUGUCAGUCAUGUCGCCGCUCUCAGCCGACGGCGCUAGAUAUUCAACUAUCUACUAGUCAGAUCUAUCUCCUAUCCUCAUCCUCUCAUCUCCUUCUCCUGUAAUCUCUCCUCCUCUCCUCUUGUGUAGGUCGUCUGAACUGGUGGGCCACUGUGUGUACCAGUUGUAAGCGUCUUCUUCCUCUGGCCACCACGGGGGACGGCAACUGUCUGCUACAUGCUGCUUCUUUAGGUGGGCCUGGCCUUGCUGAAGGAGGAGGGAGGGAGGGAGGAGGGAGGGAGGGAGGGAGGGAGGGAGGGAGGGAGCGAGAGAGAGAGAGAGAGAGAGGGAGGGGAGGGGGGGAGGGAUGGAGGGAGGAGGGAGGGAGGGAGGGAGGAGGGAGGGAGGGGGAAAAAUAGAGCGGGAGAAGAGAUCUCUGUUUGUCUGGAAUCAAAGAGCUCAUAAACCUAGCAACAUGCAACAGCUCAGCAUUGAUGAUGGGAAAAAAUAGUUGUUAGUGGGUGGUUUAAUGAGGGUAAUUUGGAGGAAAAGCGUGGAGACAUGUAAUGUGCGUACAGGGGUCUGCAGAAGAAAAGAAAUCCACGUCCACUCGCAGAAUCGGGAAUCCACCUAGUUACAGGGACUAGUGAUCAAGGUAACAUUAAUCAUGUUGACAAUGACAGAUCUAGGGCGUGUGCUAGGGUAUCUCUAUUUAUCUCUCUCUUCUCUCUCUCUCUCUCUCUCUCUUCUCUCUCCUCUCUCUCUCUCAUCUCUCUCUUUCUCUCUUUAUCAUCUGUGGGGUUGUACAUCUGUGUAGUGUGUGUGGGUGUGUAUGUGUGUGUGCUGUGUGUCGUUCGAAUGUGUUAUGUGGUGGGUGGGUAGUGUGGUGGGAGAAGGCGUGUGGGGGGUGUGUGUAUGUGUGUGGUUAUGUGUGUGGCUGAUGUGGUGUGGGGGUGUGAUGUGUGUGUGUGAGUGGGGUGUGUUGGUGGUGUGUAUGUAUGUGUGUGUGUGUGUGUUUGGGUGGGGGGUUUUUUGUGUGUUGUGGUGUGGAAUUGUGGGGGGUGUGUUAUGUUUUGUGGGGGUGUGUGUGGUUUUUUUGGGGGUGUGUGGGGUGUGUGGGGUGUGUGUGUGUUGGGGUGUGUGGGGUGUGGGGUGUGUGUGUGUGUGUGCUAGGGAUUUUUGGGGGGGGUUUUCCACGACAGAGACCGGGGCUGAGGAAAGUUUCCCCGUAUCCAUUUAUAAGGGAGGGAGAGGGAGAGAGAGGCUGAAAAGGAGGGGGGGGCCCGCAGAAACUAAAGAAACCCAAAAAAAGGGAAAUUUUAAAAAAAAACACACAACACCCCAACAGUACACACCACAGUACAAACCCACAGUACACCCCCACACACCACACCCCACACACACCCCAACACCAAACACCACACCCCCAGUACCCAAAGUUACACACACAACGUACACUCCCAGGAUGGGGUUUUGGGGGGUAGUUUAAAGGGAGGUUUUUCCUUUUGGGGAUGUUAUGGGGUAGUUAUAGUAGUUUCCUGUGUGAUGUUAUGGGGUUAUGGUAGUUCGGUGAGUUAUGGUAGUUAUAUGUAGUUUCCUGUGUGAUGUUAUGGGGUAGUUAUAUGUAGUUUCCUGUGUGAUGUUAUGGGGUAGUUAUAGGUAGUUUCCUGUGUGAUGUUAUGGGGUAGUUAUAUGUAGUUUCAAGUUGUAUUUGUCACAUGCACCAGUCCAGUGAAAUGCUUAACUUGCCAGCCCUACCCAACAGGGCAUUAUAAACUGGGUGGUUUGAGCCCUGAAUGCUGAUUGGCUGAAAGCUGUGGUAUAUCAAACCGUAUAUCACGGGUAUGACAAAACAUUUAUUUUGACUGCUCUAAUUACAGUGGGGAAAAAAAGUAUUUAGUCAGCCACCAAUUGUGCAAGUUCUCCCACUUAAAAAGAUGAGAGAGGCCUGUAAUUUUCAUCAUAGGUACACGUCAACUAUGACAGACAAAAUUAGAAAAGAAAAUCCAGAAAAUCACAUUGUAGGAUUUUUAAUGAAUUUAUUUGCAAAUUAUGGUGGAAAAUAAGUAUUUGGUCAAUAACAAAAGUUUCUCAAUACUUUGUUAUAUACCCUUUGUUGGCAAUGACACAGGUCAAACGUUUUCUGUAAGUCUUCACAAGGUUUUCACACACUGUUGCUGGUAUUUUGGCCCAUUCCUCCAUGUAGAUCUCCUCUAGAGCAGUGAUGUUUUGGGGCUGUCGCUGGGCAACACGGACUUUCAACUCCCUCCAAAGAUUUUCUAUGGGGUUGAGAUCUGGAGACUGGCUAGGCCACUCCAGGACCUUGAAAUGCUUCUUACGAAGCCACUUCUUCGUUGCCCGGGCGGUGUGUUUGGGAUCAUUGUCAUGCUGAAAGACCCAGCCACAUUUCAUCUUCAAUGCCCUUGCUGAUGGAAGGAGGUUUUCACUCAAAAUCUCACGAUACAUGGCCCCAUUCAUUCUUUCCUUUACACGGAUCAGUCGUCCUGGUCCCUUUGCAGAAAAACAGCCCCAAAGCAUGAUGUUUCCACCCCCAUGCUUCACAGUAGGUAUGAUGUUCUUUGGAUGCAACUCAGCAUUCUUUGUCCUCCAAACACGACGAGUUGAGUUUUUACCAAAAAGUUAUAUUUUGGUUUCAUCUGACCAUAUGACAUUCUCCCAAUCCUCUUCUGGAUCAUCCAAAUGCACUCUAGCAAACUUCAGACGGGCCUGGACAUGUACUGGCUUAAGCAGGGGGACACGUCUGCACUGCAGGAUUUGGGUCCCUGGCGGCGUAGUGUGUUACUGAUGGUAGGCUUUGUUACUUUGGUCCCAGCUCUCUGCAGGUCAUUCACUAGGUCCCCCCGUGUGGUUCUGGAAUUUUUGCUCACCGUUCUUGUGAUCAUUUUGACCCCACGGGGUGAGAUCUUGCGUGGAGCCCCAGAUCUAGGGAGAUUAUCAGUGGUCUUGUAUGUCUUCCAUUUCCUAAUAAUUGCUCCCACAGUUGAUUUCUUCAAACCAAGCUAUUGCAGAUUCAGUCUUCCCAGCCUGGUGCAGGUCUACAAUUUUGUUUCUGGUGUCCUUUGACAGCUCUUUGGUCUUUGCCAUAGUGGAGUUUGGAGUGUGACUGUUUGAGGUUGUGGACAGGUGUCUUUUAUACUGAUAACAAGUUCAAACAGGUGCCAUUAAUACAGGUAACGAGUGAAGGACAGAGGAGCCUCUUAAAGAAGAAGUUACAGGUCUGUGAGAGCCAGAAAUCUUGCUUGUUUGUAGGUGACCAAAUACUUAUUUUCCACCAUAAUUUGCAAAUAAAUUCAUUAAAAAUCCUACAAUGUGAUUUUCUGGAUUUUUUUCCCUCAAUUUGUCUGUCAUAGUUGACGUGUACCUAUGAUGAAAAUUACAGGCCUCUCUCAUCUUUUUAAGUGGGAGAACUUUCACAAUUGGUGGCUGACUAAAUACUUUUUUACCCCACUGUACGUUGGUAACCAGUUUAUAAUAGCAAUAAGGCACCUCAGGGGUUUGUGGUAUAUGGCCAAUAUACCACGGCUAAGGGCUGUAUCAAGGCACUCCACGUUGCGUCGUGUUUAAGAACAGCCCUUAGCCGUGGUAUAUUGGUCAUAUACCACACCCCCUCUGCCUUAUUGCUUAAAUUUAAACUGGUUGUUUACUGUGUGAUGGGUAUAUAGUAUAGCAGUGUUUCCCAACUCCAGUCCUCCAGUACUCCCAACAGCCCAACUCCAGUCCUCCAGUACUCCCAACAGCCCAACUCCAGUCCUCCAGUACUCCCAACAGCCCAACUCCAGUCCUCCAGUACCCCCAACAGCCCCAACUCCAGUCCUCCAGUACCCCCAACAGCCCAACUCCAGUCCUCCAGUACCACCCAACAGCCCAACUCCAGUCCUCCAGUACCCCCAACAGCCCAACCUCCAGUCCUCCAGUACCCCCAACAGCCCAACUCCAGUCCUCCAGUACCCCCAACAGCCCAAACUCCAGUCCUCCAGUUACUCCCAACAGCCCAACUCCAGUUCCCUCCAGUACCCCCAACAGUCCCAACUCAGUCCUCCAGUACUCCCAACAGCCCAACUCCAGUCCUCCAGUACCCCCAACAGCCCAACUCCAGUCCUCCAGUACCCCCAACAGCCCAACUCCAGUCCUCCAGUACUCCCAACAGCCCAACUCCAGUCCUCCAGUACCCCCAACAGCCCAACUCCAGUCCUCCAGUACCCCCAACAGCCCAACUCCAGUCCUCCAGUACCCCCAACAGCCCAACUCCAGUCCUCCAGUACUCCCAACAGCCCAACUCCAGUCCUCCAGGUCCCCAACAACCCAACUCCAGUCCUCCAGGUCCCCAACAACCCAACUCCAGUCCUCCAGUACUCCCAACAGCCCAACUCCAGUCCUCCAGGUCCCCAACAGCCCAAUUCCAGUCCUCCAGUACCCCCAACAGCCCAACUCCAGUCCCCCCAACAGUACACAUUGUUGUUGUAGCCCCAGACAAACAUACCUGGUUCAACUCAUCGAGGGCUUGAUGAUUAGUUCACAAGUUGAAUCAGGUGUGCUUGUCUGGGGCUACAACCAAGGUUAAAGUUAGGUAUAAAGUUAAAACAGAACAAAUUAAAAUGAGUGCCUACCACUGGGAUUGAACCUGUGAUCCUCUGAGCCGAACAGCACAGUUUAAGCCUUUCCUCUAUUCCCAGACACAACAGUCUAGCAAAUUGCCAGCCUACUAGAUGGAAAUACGUGCUCACGUUGCCCCUAGUGGACGGUAUUGAAGGCAUCUCCCUACUAGAUGGUAAUAGGUGCUCACGAUUGCCCCUAGUGGACAGUAUUGAAGGCAUCUCCCUACUAGAUGGUAAUAGGUGCUCACGAUGCCCCUAGUGGACGGUAUUGAAGGCAUCUCCCUACUAGAUGGUAAUAGGUGCUCACGUUGCCCCUAGUGGACGGUAUUGAAGACAUCUCCCUACUAGAUGGUAAUGAGGGCUCACGAUGCCCCUAGUGGACGGUAUUGAAGGCAUCUCCCUACUAGAUGGUAAUGAGGGCUCACGUUGCCCCUAGUGGACGGUAUUGAAGGCAUCUCCCUACUAGAUGGUAAUAGGUGCUCACGAUGCCCCUAGUGGACGGUAUUGAAGGCAUCUCCCUACUAGAUGGAAAUAGGUGCUCACGAUGCCCCUAGUGGACGGUAUUGAAGGCAUCUCACUACUAGAUGGUAAUGAGGGCUCACGAUGCCCCUAGUGGACGGUAUUGAAGGCAUCUCCCGACGUCCUGGGGACCUGGACAAACGUUGAAUACUGAAGUGGAUCUGGUGGGAUUUCCCUGGGAGGUUUUCUUCACUACAUGACCAGAAUUCUGUUCAAUCCCACAUGCUAGAGGUGUUUAUGGGGUAGAAGGUGUAAAAGUGUGUUUGUGGUUAACAUCCUUGUUUCGGCUAUGUGUGUGUUUGUGUUUGUGUGUGUGUGUGGGGGGGCUGUUUGCAUUUCAAAUUAGGGAGGUGUUAAACAAUGGAAGUGUUAAUGAAUUUACCUGCAGAGAAGCAGAGAGCCAUGUGGCUUAAGUUCCACCCAAGGCAAAAGCAGCCUCACCUCUUCCUAUGCAAUAAGCACUCACCUCACCACAACAUAGUCACACUAAAUACAUCUAGACAGCAAACAAAUAGUCCCACCAUACAUAAACAGCGACUUCGGAAAGUUUUCAGACCCCUUGACUUUUUCCACAUUUUGUUAGGUUACAGCCUUAUUCUAAAAUUGAUUAAAUUGUUUUUUUUCCCUCAUCAAUCUACACACAAUACCCCAUAAUGACCAAGCAAAAACAGGUUUAGAAAUUUUUGCUAAUUUAUUAAAAAUAAAAAACAGAAAUUAUACAUUUACAUAAGUAUUCAGACCCUUUACUCAGUACUUUGUUGAAGCACCUUUGGCAGUGAUUAGAGCAUCGAGUCUUCUUAGGUAUGACGCUACAAUUUUGGCACACCUGUAUUUGGGGAGUUUCUCCCAUUCUUCUCUGCAGAUCCUUUCAAGCUCUGUCAGGUUGGAUGGGGAGUGUCGCUGCACAGCUAUUUUCAGGUCUCUCCAGAGAUGUUCGAUCGGGUUCAAGUCCAGGCUCUGGCUGGGCCACUCAAGGACAUUCAGAGACGUGUCCCAAAGCCACUCCUGCGUUGUCUUGGCUGUGUGCUUAGGGUCGUUGUCCUAUUGGAAGGUGAACCUUCACCCCAGUCUAAGGUCCUGAGAGCUCUGGAGCAGGUUUUCAUCAAGGAUCUCUCUGUACUUUGCUCCGUUCAUCUUUCCCUCGAUCCUGACUAGUCUCCCAGUCCCUGCCGCUGAAAAACAUCCCCACAGCAUGAUGCUGCCACCACCAUGCUUCACCGUAGGGAUGGUGCCAGGUUUCCUCCAGACGUGACGCUUGGCAUUCAGGCCAAAGAGUUCAAUCUUGGUUUCAUCAGACCAGAGAAUCUUGUUUCUCAUGGUCUGAGAGUCCUUUAGGUGCCUUUUGGCAAACUCCAAGUGGGCAGUCAUGUGCCUUUUACUGAGGAGUAGCUUCCGUCUGGCUACUCUACCAUAAAGGCUUGUUUGGUGUAGUGCUGCAGAGAUGGCUGUUCUUCUGGAAGGUUCUCCCAUCUCCACAGAGGAAUUCUAGAGCUCUGUCAGAGUGACCAUCGUGUUCUUGGUCACCUCCCUGACCAAGGCCCUUCUCCCCCGAUUGCUCAGUUUGGCCGGGCGGCCAGCUCUAGGAUGAGUCUUGGUGGUUCCAAACUUCUUCCAUUUAAGAAUGAUGGAGGCCACUGUGUUCUUGGGGACCUUCAAUGCUGCAGAAAUGUUUUGGUACCCUUCCCCAGAUCUGUGCCUCGACACAAUCCUGUCUCGGAGCUAUACGGACAAUUCCUUCGACCUCAUGGCAUGGUUUUUGCUUUGACAUGCACUGUCAACUGUGGGACCUUAUAUAGACAGGUGUGUGUCUUUCCAAAUCAUGUCCAAUCAAUUGAAUUUACCACAGGUGGACUCCAAUCAAGUUGUAGGAACAUCUCAAAGGAUGAUCAAUGGAAACAAGAUGCACCUGAGCUCAAUUUCGAGUGUCAUAGCGAAGGGUCUGAAUACUUAUGUAAAUACAUUUGCAAACAUUUCUAAAAACCUGUUUCUGCUUUGGUGCCUUAUGGGGAGUGUUAGUAUGGGUAGAUGCUGACAAAUUAGUUUUUGAUUGAAAUCAAUUUUGUAGAAAUAAGGCCUGUGAACGUAACAAAAUGUGGAAAAAGUCAAGGGGUCUGAAUGCUUUCCGUGUUGUCAUCACACCCCUCCUCAAUAACCUCCCCAACAUGGUAAUACAUCCAUCUGUUAUCAUAGGGUCCUGGUCAAAACCCUAUGGGUCCUGGUCAAAACCCUAUGGGUCCUGGUCAAAACCCUAUCCGGGUCCUGGUCAAAACCCUAUCGGGUUCCUGGUCAUAACCCUAUGGGUCCUGGUCAAAACCCUAUCCGGGUCCUGGUCAAAACCCUAUGGGUCCUGGUCAAAACCCUAUGGGUCCAGGUCAAAACCCUAUGGGUCCUGGUCAAAACCCUAUGGGUUUCCUGUCAAAAACCCAAAGGGUCCUGCUCAUAACAGAUAUAGGGUCUUGGUCAUAACCCUAUGGGUCCUGGUCAUAACCCUAUGGGUCCAGGUCAAAACCCUAUGGGUCCAGGUCAAAAUCCUAUGGGUCCUGGUCAAAACCCAAUGGGUCCUGGUCAAAACCCUAUGGGUCCAGGUCAAAACCCUAUGGGUCCAGGUCAAAAUCAUAUGGGUCCUGGUCAAAACCCUAUGGGUCCUGCUCAAAACCCUAUGGGUCCUGGUCAAAACCCUAUGGGUCCUGGUCAACAUGUUCCAAAAAAAAGGGUCCUGCUCCAUAAAAAAUAAGGGGUCUUUGGGCAUAACCUAUGGGUCCUGGUCAUAACCCUAUCGGUCCUGGUCAAAACCCUAUGGGUCCUGGUCAUAACAGAUAUAGAGUCUUGGUCAUAACAGAUAUAGGGUCCUGGUCAUAACCCUAUGGGUCCUGGUCAUAACAGAUAUAGGGUCCUGGUCAUAACAGAUAUAGGGUCCUGGUCAUAACAGAUAUAGGGUCCUGGUCAUAACAGAUAUAGGGCCCUGGUCAUACAGAUAUAGGGUCCUGGUCAUAACAAAUAGGGUCCUGGUCAUAACAGUAUAGGGUCCUGGUCUAACAGAUAUAGGGUCCUGGUCAUAACAGAUAUAGGGUCUUGGUCAUAACAGAUAUAGGGUCCUGGUCAUAACAGAUAUAGGGUCCUGGUCAUAACAGAUAUAGGGUCCUGGUCAUAACAGAUAUAGGGUCCUGGUCAUAACAGAUAUAGGGUCCUGGUCAUAACAGAUAUAGGGUCCUGGUCAUAACAGAUAUAGGGUCCUGGUCAUAACAGAUAUAGGGUCCUGGUCAUAACAGAUAUAGGGUCCUGGUCAUAACAGAUAUAGGGUCCUGGUCAUAACAAUAAGGGGCCUGGUCAUAAAAGAUAUAGGGGCCUGGUCCCAAAAAGAUAUAGGGUCCUGGUCAUAACAGAUAUAGGGUCUUGGUCAUAACAGAUAUAGGUCCUGGUCAUAACAGAUAUAGGGUGCCAUUUGGGAUGCACGCCUAUAGAACACUUUACAGGGUGUGGUUUGGCUAUUAGCUUGUGUCAGGGAGGGAGGGAGGGAGGAGGGGGGGAGGGAGGGAGGGGGGAGGGAGGGAGGGGGGGGGGAGGGAGGGGGGAGUUUCAGUGUAAGGCAGACACCUGUUGUUAAGUGCCUGGUAAUGCUGUUGUUCUGCCGUGCCAAAGGCUUUGUGUUGUGAUUUGUUUUGCCACCUGAUCAUACAGCCCUGCUUGCUCUGGGUCCAUGGUGACGUACAUAGCUGGGCUUUGCUGUGUGGUGCCAUGCUCUACUCAGUCAACACCUGCUGUUCUAUGUCUGUUCAUUCAUUUAGACCGGCCCCAAUGCCGUAGGGGACACACACUCACACACACACACUCACACACACACACACGAACACACACCGGCCCCAAUGCCGUAGGGGACACACACUCACACACUCACUCACACACGAAACACACACCGGCCCCAGUGCCGUAGGGGACAGUAGAUGGAGAUGUAUUAGAAAGGUCUCAGGCUCCACCCAGUGCAUCAGAACCCCCUCCAGAGGUCCAGGCUUCUGGCUGAGCAGGGUCUCUGACGUCAGCCCCUGUCCCCACUGUCCUCCACCCACACUGGGCCUGGAGGUGGCACCAUGUCCCCUGUCAACACUCACCAACCACUAACACACCACUCCCAUCAACAGCAAGAUGAACAUUUGCUUUGAGAAUGUGUGUGUGAGUGAGUGAGUGAGUGAGGUGAGUGAGUGAGUGAGUGAGUGUGAGUGUGUGUGUGUGUGUGUGUGUAUGAGUGUGUGUGUGAGUGUGUGUGUGUGUGUGUGUGUGUGUGUGUGUGUGUGUGUGUGUGUGUGUGUGUGUGUGUGUGUGUGAGUGUGUGUGUGUGAGUGUGUGUGUGUGUGCUGUGUUGGUGUGUGAGUGUGUGUGUGUGUGUGUGUGUGAGUGUGUGUGUGUGUGUGUGUGUGUGAGUGUGUGGUGUGUGAGUGUGUGAGUGUGUGUGUGUGUGUGAGUGGUGUGUGUGUAACCCUCUCUGUUCUCUCUCCUCAGUCAGGGCUGGUGUACACAGAGGAGGAAUGGGAGAGAGAGUGGAAGGAGUUGCUGAAACUAGCCUCCAGUGAGCCUCGGACACACAGCAGCACAAACAACAACACUACUGGAGGGUGAGUACAACACAGACACAACGGAGUGCACCACAAACUGCUUACAUACUAGCUGAGAUGAGACGUCAUGUAUGAUGGUACAGACCUGACAUGAGACAUGGGUACUGAUGCUACUAUUGACGCUGAGCAUUGAGACUGUCAUGGGUAAUGUGUCUACUAUUGACUAGCUGAGCAUUGAGACUGUCAUGGGUUAUGAUGGUCUACUAUGCUGACAUACGUCUGUAUAGGUCAUAUGGGACUGGUCAUGGGUUAUGAUGGUCUACUAUUGACUAGCUGAGCAUUGAGACUGUCAUGGGUUAUGAUGGUCUACUAUUGACUGGCUGAGCAUUGAGACUGUCAUGGGUUAUGAUGGUGGAGCUGAGCUUGUGCUGGUUGAUGUCUGUAUAAAGCCCUGACCAUGGUGUCUCUAUACCAGAUCAGACCUGCUACAGCAGAAUGUGGUAAGCCUCUAGGUUAUGUAAAAGGCAAUGGGCUCUGAGUAGUUGUCAUGGACCAAGAUUCAACCAACACCACACAAACACCAAACACACCAACAACAAACACACACACACACACAACACACCACACACACACACACACACACACACAACACAAACAACACACACACACACAGAGAUACACACACACACACACACACACACAGAUACACACACACACACACAGAUACACACACUUGACAUUCAAACAUCAGCCAACAUUAGAAGUUGAUGUAAAAUGUUUUCCCAGUAGAUGUGGUGGUGUGUGUUAGUGUCUGACGGGGUUGUGUGUUGAUGCAGGCUGGAUAACUCAGAGGACCCUGUGUAUGAGAGUCUGGAGGAGUUCCAUGUGUUUGUCCUGGCUCACGUGCUGCGGAGACCCAUCAUAGUGGUGGCUGACACCAUGCUCAGAGACUCGGGGGGAGAGGGUGAGGCACACACACACACACACCACACACACACACACACACCACACACACACACACACACACACACACACACACACACACACACACACACACACACACACACACACACCCUUACGUACUGCAGAGACCCAUUGUAGUGGUGGCUGACACCAUGCUCCGAGACUCAGCAGCCUGCGCCAUACACACACAAAUGUGCUCGAAUCCCCGAGCGAGAGAAGGUGAAAAAUCUGUCGAUGUGCCCUUGAGCACAAGGCACUUAACCCUAAUUUCCUGAGGGUCACCGUUAAUAGUGGCAGACCCUCUCCCAGGGUGUCUCAGGGGGAGUUGGGAUAUGCAAAAAAAAUAAUAAAAAAUACAAUUCACACUUGUAUGUAAUACACACUUGUACAUGUGUGAAAUAGGACAAAAUAUAAGUAUUCAAUUAUUAUUUAUUAUUAUUAUUAUUAUUACAUAGUCACAUACAGACAUACCUGCUCACAAAACCCCAAGAAGAAGAACGGUCAGACUCGGAGCCAUGUAUUUAGAGAGAUAGAGAGGACAUUGAGGUUUCUUCAUUAUGAUGCAUUUACAUGGCAUGGCAGCCAUGUUAGAUUCCCCAUGGGCAAUAUGGACCAAUAGCAGUUCACAUCAUUUUCUGAAUUUUAAACAGUGCUAUGUACAAGAUUUCAAAUUCUUGUCAUAAAUGGAUAUAUGGAAUGGUCAAAGGCGCUGACAUGGCGUCCAAAAGUUGGCCCAGCUCUUUAGAUAUUUACAUUCACGUCAUUUAGCAGACGCUCUUAUCCAGAGCGACCUACAGGAGCAAUUAGGGUUAAGUGCCUUGCUCAAGGGCACAUCGACAGAUUUUUCACCUAGUCGGCUCGGGGAUUAGAACCAGCGACCUUUCGGUUACUGGCACAACGCUCUUAACCACUAAGCUACCUGCCGCUCUGGUCAGACUCAUUCGCAUAAAUCAAACUACGCUCAUUCCCAGAUGGGACAAAAAGAGAACUUUACACUGUGCCUUUCAUCUCAACCUCCAUGUAAUAGAACUCCCUGACCUCUCCUCCCUCCCCCCCUCCCUCAGCAUUUGCCCCCAUCCCGUUUGGAGGGCUGUACCUGCCCUUGGAGGUGCCUCCUAACCUGUGCCACUGCUCCCCCCUGGUCCUAGCCUAUGACCAGGCACACUUCUCUGCCCUGGUGUCCAUGGAGCAGAAGGACCAGCACCAGGAACAAGGUAAAACACACCACUAUAAGUUGUCUGAGGAUGUCCUAAUAUGUAUACCGUAACUCCUAAGUUGACUUAGGAUGGUCUAAAAUUGUACCGGGACUCCUAAGGUGACUAAGGAUGUCCUAAAACAUAUACCAUGACUCCUAAGGUGACUAAGGAUGUCCUAAAACGUAUACCAUGACUCCUAAGGUGACUGAGAAUGUCCUAAAACGUAUACCAUGACUCCUAAGGUGACUGAGAAUGUCCUAAAACGUAUACCAUGACUCCUAAGGUGACUGACAAUGUCCUAAAACGUAUACCAUGACUCCUAAGGUGACUGACAAUGUCCUAAAACGUAUACCAUGACUCCUAAGGUGACUGAGAAUGUCCUAAAUUGUGUACCGGGACCGCUUAAGUAUCUGAGGAUGUCCAGAAAUGUAUCCCGUAAACCCCACCUUAAGAGAGACGGCACUCAUUAUUUAGAUCACGUCAGACCUUUCUCAAUUAGGGACACUUACAUGUCUUCUAUAUUCAACCUGCCAUCUUAUACUCCCUGGGUCUCUUUUAUGGUGUCCCCCUGGCUCAUGUGUCUCCCCAUCGUUGGUCGUCUUUAUUAUGGUGUCCUGGGUCGUCUUUAUUAGUGUCCCUGGGUCGUCUUUAUUAUGGUGUCCCCUGGUCGUCUUUACUUAUGGGUCCCUGGGUCGUCUUUUAUGGUGUCCCUGGGUCGUCUUUAUGUAUGGGUCCCUGGUCGUCUUUAUUAUGGUGUCCCUGGGUGUCUUUAUUAUGGUGUCCCUGGAUCGUCUUUAUUAUGGUGUCCCUGGGCGUCUUAAUUAUGGUUCCCUGGGUCGUCUGUUAUUGGUGUCCUGAAUCGUCUUUAUUAUGGUUCCCUGGGUCGUCUUUAUCUAUGGUGUCCCUGGUUCUUUAUUAUGGUGUCCCUGGGUCGUCUUUUUAUGGUGUCCCUGGGUCGUCUUUAUUAUGGUUCCCUGGGUCGUCUUUAUUAUGGGUCCCUGGGUCGUCUUUAUUAUGGUGUCCCUGGAUCGUCUUUAUUACUGAGCUGUCCCUGGGUCGUCUUUAUUAUGGUGUCCCUGGGUCGUCUUUAUUAUGGUGUCCCUGGGUCGUCUUAUUAUGGUGUCCCUGGAUCGUCUUUAUUAUGGGUCCCUGGGUCGUCUUUAUUUGGUGUCCCUGGUCGUCUUUAUUAUGGUGUCCCUGGGUCGUCUUUAUUAUGGUGUCCCUGGUCGUCUUUAUUAUGGUGUCCCUGGGUAUGGUGUCCCUGGGUCGUCUUUAUUAUGGUGUCCCUGGGUCGUCUUUAUUAUGGUGUCCCUGGGUCGUCUUUAUUAUGGUGUCCCUGGGUCGUCUUUAUUAUGGUGUCCCUGGGUCGUCUUUAUUAUGGUGUCCCUGGAUCGUCUUUAUUAUGGUGUCUCCUCUGGGUCGUCUUUAUUAUGGUGUCCCUGGUCGUCUUUAUUAUGGUGUCCCUGGGUCUCUUUAUUAUGGUGUCCCUGGUGUCUUUAUUAUGGUGUCCCUGGGCGUCUUUAUUAUGGUGUCCCUGGGUCGUCUUUAUUAUGGUGUCCCUGGUCGUCUUUAUUAUGGUGUCCCUGGGUCGUCUUUAUUAUGGUGUCCCUGGGUCGUCUUUAUUAUGGUGUCCCUGGUCGUCUUUAUUAUGGUGUCCCUGGGUCGUCUUUAUUAUGGUGUCCCUGGGUCGUCUUUAUCAUGGUGUCCCUGGUCGUCUUUAUUAUGGUGUCCCUGGUCGUCUUUUUAUGGUGUCCCUGGGUCGUCUUUAUUAUGGUGUCCCUGGGUCGUCUUUAUUAUGUGUCCCUGGGUCGUCUUUAUUAUGGUGUCCCUGGGUCGUCUUUAUUAUGGUGUCCCUGGUCGUCUUUAUUAUGGUGUCCCUGGGUCGUCUUUAUUAUGGUGUCCCUGGUCGUCUUUAUUAUGGUGUCCCUGGGUCGUCUUUAUUAUGGUGUCCCUGGGUCGUCUUUAUUAUGGUGUCCCCUGGAUCGUCUUUAUUAUGGUGGUCCCUGGGGUCGUCUUUAUUAUGGUGUCCCUGGGUCGUCUUUAUUAUGGUGUCCCUGGGUCGUCUUUAUUAUGGUGUCCCUGGGUCGUCUUUAUUAUGGUGUCCCUGGGUCGUCUUUAUUAUGGUGUCCCUGGAUCGUCUUUAUUAUGGUGUCCCUGGGUCGUCUUUAUUAUGGUGUCCCUGGGUCGUCUUCAUUAUGGUGUCCCUGGGUCGUCUUUAUUAUGGUGUCCCUGGGUCGACAAGUUCACCAUGAAAUAGACAAACAUGCAGACAGACAUACAAUCUGUUAUGUAGAUGUAGGUGUCUCUACACAGGGGUGUCAAACAUAAGGCCCAUGAGGGGGUCCAAUCCGGCCCGCGGGUGGUUUGAAUUUAAAAAUAAUAUAUAUAUAAUAAUCAUAUUAUUAUUAUUUAAAUGUUAUACUUUAAAGCGGCACUAUGCAGAGAUCGCUCCGCCAUUUCCAGGUUGCUAAAAUUCUAAUCGUUUGCCUAAUUAUGUAACAAAACAAGCACGUAUAGUGGAGAGAAUCAUUGUACCAUCUAAAGUGCUGUGAAAUAUAUUUCAAUUUCCAAAUAUUAUAUUUUAUGUUCAGCUGUUUUGAAGCUGGUGUACAAAACUGAAAGUAAAAGACGCAAAAACUAAACUUAAGAUCUGGAAGCAUCGAAAUAGUAGAACAUAGAACAGAUCCACCGUUUCUUAGACUUACUUUCAAUGAGAAUAACAGAUCUAUUGUAUAACUCAUAUUUCUAUGUGAAUUUGGUCGGGUCUCCCAAAAAGUUACAUAUUGCAGCUUUAAAAUGCCUAAAGCCAAACCGAAACUGUGUAGAAAUGAUAAUGGACCUACAUUCAUACAGUUUCUUGACUCUGUCCAACUCGCUAAUAAUCACCGAAAUGAAAGCUAGACAGUCAGGGAGGACUAUCAUUUGCAAUUUGUGAUGGCGAGGAAAUAUAAGACAUGUUCAGUGCGGCCCUCCGGACCUCGUUGAAGACAGAAUGCGGCCCUCCGGACCUCGUUGAAGACAGAAUGCGGCCCUCCGGACCUCGUUGAAGACAGAAUGCGGCCCUCCGGACCUCGUUGAAGACAGAAUGCGGCCCUCCGGACCUCGUUGAAGACAGAAUGCGGCCCUCCGGACCUCGUUGAAGACAGAAUGCGGCCCUCCGGACCUCGUUGAAGACAGAAUGCGGCCCUCGGGGGCUAAAUUAGUUUGUCACCCUGUCGCUCUGCAGUCCUGCAGCAUGUGAGGUGUCUGUGAUCCAGGCUACAGCUAACAGCUACACUACAGAGACCCCUGUGUUAGUCUGCCCUCUGUGGGACAUUUCUCAUCCUGACUGGCUCCUUUAACCCUCCCUACUUCCCCUCCUUUCCUCCCUCCCUCCCUCUUUCUCUCCUCCCUCCCCUCUCCCUCCCUCUCUCUCCUCCUCUCUCUCUCUUCCUCUCUUCUCUCUAUCUGCUGCCACGCCUACAUUAUUCUCCCUAUAUAUCUCAUAUCUAUCCCCUCCUCAUCUCUCCCAAUUCUCUCCCCUGGGCUGGCAUAGGGCUGCAUGGACAGACAGUGGGGGGUGGAGUGGGGGGGGGGGGUGGAGGGUGGACGAGAGGAGAGGAGGAGAGAGAGAUACUUUUUUUCUCUCUCUCUUAUAAUAACAAUCCUUUUUGGUCUUCCCAGCAUUGCUGGUUUUAUAUGCUUGUUUUAUUGCUGUGGUUUAGCAAAUAUGACUAAAGCCAGUCUAUAUAAACAGUUAUUUAAAACUAUUUUUAGAUUGACUCUUAGCAUUUUUACUGCUUUACAGUAAGUUGGCCCAAUCAGCAUUUCCACUGUCUCCCACUAAAAUGAACGAGGCCGUGUUAUCUUUAAAACCUCUGUUUCAUUCAACACUCUUACUGACUAUGACCGCUAGCUUGAGGGAUGGAGUGAAGUGUGAAAUGUACCAAAAACGUGAACAUACAUGUAUCAUCAUUAACGACAGUAUUAGUAAUUAGUAUUCUUGGGAUGAAUCCUUAUCUGUGCCACGCUCUUUCAGUAAUGGGAUGUAUUACACCUGAACUCCACCAGAGGGCAGCGGUGACUCAAUGAAAGAAGCCAUUGCGCAGCCAGUGAGGGAGGGACUGCAGCACUGUCUUUAGGCUGCCGCAGUGUUUCCCACAGACAGUAAUGCAACACUAACACAUCUGGUUCAACUAAUCAGCUCGUCAUCAAACCCUUAUUUAGUUGAAUUCCGUUGUGUUAUUUGUUGGGCUGGAACAAACAUGUGCUGUCCUGUGUGGUCCCCACCAGGACCGGCGUUGAAUAUUGCUGCUGUUUAGUUGCCAUUGGAUCCUGUUGAUGUGUUCUGAAAUGAGUUCCUGGUGUUUCUUUUAGACAAAAAGCGAUGGAAGGCAGCUAGCUAUGGAAUCACGCAGCCUUGCUGCCUUACAGGUGGUGUAAAGACUUGUUUUGACAGCUGGGGCUUUUGAUAACCGCCAUUUUGUGUCAGACUGCUGUAUUCGUACUGUAUCCGUGGAUCUACUGUCUCUCUCAUAGAAAUAUAGGGUCUCUAUCUCUUUUGACCACCAUUUUGUGUCAAACUGCUAGGUUUCAUAUCCUCUGUAGCUCAGCUGGUAGAGCACGGCGCUUGUAACGCCAAGGUAGUGGGUUCGAUCCCUGGGACCACCCAUACACAAAAAUGUAUGCACGCAUGACUGUAAGUCGCUUUGGAUAAAAGCGUCUGCUAAAUGGCUUAUUAUUAUAUCCUAUCUGGGUACCUGUUGUCUCUGUUCUCCCUUUUAGCACAAUCAAUGGGAAGAUCUGUGUUGUUCAGUGUUCCUAGAUAGCUGUAGUGUUUGUGACCAGCAUGUCCCAGCCAAGUUUCUACCAGUCUCUGUUUACUAUAGAGAAGAACACAGCACACCACCUCACGUUGAGGCUAGCUGGACCAGGUCCCAGUCACACUGACUGGUCACGGGUUGAGUCCCAAAUGGCACCCUGUUCCCUGCAUAGUGCACUACUUUUGACCGGACCGCAUAGUCCCAAAUAAAACCCUGUUCUCUUUGUAGUGUUGCUACUGUGGUAAAAAAAAAAAAGUAGUGCACUAUAUAGGGCAUAGGGUGCCAUUUGGGACUCAAUCCCCAUGCUUCCCUGUUUGGAACUCCUGUAAACAUUCUAGAACGCUGUCCAGAACAACUACUGUCUUCCUUGUGAUGUCAUGCUGUCUUCCUUGUGAUGUCAUGCUGUGUUCUAGUCAGAAGCUCCACUGCCUACAGGAUAUGCCAGGGUUCCCCAACUGGAAUUUGUUUUCAAUUUUUAAAUUUUAUAAUUUUUUUAUUGUUGGACAUAAAAGACUGUAAAAUCACCAGGAAAUCAGCUCCAAGUGAUUUUAAUUUAAGAAAUCUGUUCCCAAAGUAUUCCCACGCAUAAUAGAAGAGACACGUGAUUGUACACAAAUGUAAGCAAGGUUUGUUUUAGUCAAAUAUUAUAUCUGUUUUGGGCUUCUUGCGGUCAAUUUGCGGUCUACAAAUUAUUUGUAAUUAUGUUCCGCCCCCCCCGACCAUCCGCUCAAUAAAAAAUCGGCCCGCGGCUGAGUCUAGUUGAUGAUCCCUGGUGUACGCAGACUACCAAAUCAAUCAACAAAAAAAAAAACACAAGGUGCAAUUUCAAUCAAUUAGCCCAUGUCAGCUAACAUUUCUACAUUACUAGGUGAGGUAAUCAUCACCCAGUGAUGUACCCAGGGGCCCUGACCUGCAGUGGACCCCCAAUUGAUUUUGUUAGUCACUGUCACUCAGAUAUCAUAUGAACACGGCAUAAGUCAUGUCAAAAUGUGUAGAAUUGCAAGAAAUGUACUUUAACACACACACAACAACAAAGAAAUCCCCUGCCAAGAGGGGGGGCGGUACUAAAGUGGGUUGCCCGUGAGGUGGGUGUGCCCCGGGCCCCCCAGGCCCCCCAACCAAAUCUUGCUUAGGGCCCCCUAAAGGCUAGAGGCUCUUCUGGUUCUACUCUAUGCAAAUUGUUGUCAGGGACAGGGAGGGAAGGGGGAGGGAGGGAGUUAUUCAGGGAGAGGAUGAGGGAGGGGAGGUGCAGGGUGAAUUAAAGGGGGAGGUGAGGUAGGGAGGGAGAGAGGACCGGGAGGGAGGGGGGAGGGAGGAGCGAGAGGAGUGAGGGAGGGAGAGAGGAGGGAGGGAGGGAGGGAGAUAAAAAGAGAGAGAGGAGGAGGAGGAGGGAAGGGGAGAGGGAGGGAGGAGGGGGGGGCGUUGGGUUGUUCUAGGACAGGACAUCCGGGUUCUUUCAACAGAGGAGGUGUAAACACUGAAUGAGAGGCGGGGUAAGGGGGGGGGGGGGGGGCUCAAUGUCUGAACUCUGGUGUACCCAAGUAAACACCCUAUUCCCUUUUAAAUGCAGUCCUUAUAAGGGCCAGUUUGAAAGAGGCACUGUAAGGGGUAGGGGGCCAUUUGGGCUUGGCCUCAUUACUCUUACACUAAAGUGCUGUGCUGGGGGGGGGCGAUCAUACGGAAAACAUACUGAACCUCCAUACCACUGUAAAACCCCGUGUCAACCAGUCUUUACACAGAUUCAUAAGAGCAACAUGUGCUUUUUUGUACACCGCCAACCACUUCUCCCCUUUUUUCUGAAAUGGCCUAGUUUUAAAAAAAACCCUCGCCUUUCUGGAGGGGUUAAAAAUGAGAAGGUAAGGAAGGAAAGGGGGAAAGAGAGAGAGAGAUGGAGAAAGAAAAAGGUGGGGGGGCCUAAAAAAGGGGGGCUCAAAAAGGGGGUUCAGAAUAGAAAGGAGAAAAAAUUUGAGAAAAAGGAACGUUUUCCCCCUUUUUUCCUCUCCCUCUCUUUUCUCCCUUCCUCCUUUCUUCUCCCUUUUUUCCUCUCCCCUCUCCCCUCCGUCUCCCUUUUUCUCCUCUCCAUCUCUUUCUCCCUUUUCCCCCCUUUUUCUCUCCUCUCCCUCUCUCUCUCUUUUUCUUUCCCCUUUUUCCCUUUUCUUUUUUUUUAUUUUUCCCUUAAAAAAAACUUUCCAAAAGGGGGCUUUCUUUUGUUUCUCUUUUUUUUUUUUCCCCUGGGGGGGGUUUCCCUCACGCACAAAAAAUUUUAAAAAUUUUUAAACAAUUUUAAUCCGGGGUUGCUCCUGGUUUUUACCUUAGAGGCGUGGGCAGGCUUACCCCUUUCAAGGGGUUUAUACUUUUAAACCUUUUUUCAGACGGGGUGUCAUUAUCCUCCAACCCCAGAGAGGGAGCGGGACGUUUAGCUUUUUAAAGGAAAAAGGGGAAAAAAAGGGAAAAGGUUACCUUUUUGGGGACUUUAUCACCUUUUGUAUAAAUUACAGUUGACAGAUUUUAGGUACACAUUUUUCCAUUAUAGAAGCAAAUGUUCAAAAAAACAACCCCUAAUAAAGGGUGUUUUUUUAAAAAGACAUUUUCUCAAUGCAGGGAGAUUUUUUCAUCUUUUUUAACAGGGGGGGGUAAAACCCUUGUUUGUCUCAAAGCGAAAAAUGUUUUAUCUUGGGGCAGUACAUUGUCUCUGCAGGAGUGUUUUAAAAUGACAGGACAGUACUGUUUUCAAAAAUUUUUUCAGAAAGAGAGGGAAAAUUUUAAACUCAGUCCUUGUCUCUCAUGGUGUUUUAAACGAAACAUCAUUUUUCCAGCGGGAAGGCUACAAACUUUUUUUGGGGGAAAAAGAAACUCUUUUUAAAGAAGAUUUUUUUAAGGGUUUUUUUGGGGGGGUUUUUUUAAAAAAACACCAACAAAAAAACACCCAACACAAAAAAAAACCGGGGGACACAAAAAAAAACCAAAAAAAUAAACGGGCCCCAACACACACACCCCACACACACCCACCCCAAACACACAACCCACACCCACACCCCCACACCACACCUCCCCCCACCACACACACCUCAAUCAAACACACAAAACAAAACAAAAAACUUUACUUAAUACCUUUUUAAACCCCUCAAGACCACACACAAAAACACUUUUCUUUAUCAUCUAAACCACGGAACAAAACACACACGACUUAUGUAAACACUCCCACACACACACAGGAUGCAGCAUUCCUCUCUACGUUCUGAGAGUUACAGCUGAACCUUUUGGAAAGCCCUGAACGUCAGAAGCUAGCUAACUGUAUGAGAGGACACCCUGUCCUCUGUCUCAACAAGCUGCCUGCAGUCUCUCCAGUCCCUCCCUCUGUGCUGCAUGACCAUGUAGUUUAGGUAGCAGGAGGAAGAGGAGGAGGAGGAGGAGGAAGAGGAGGAGGAGGAGGAGGAGGAGGAGGAGGAAGAGGAGGAGGAGGAAGAGGAGGCCAGCAGUUACUGUUCUGUUGCACACUGAUGAAGCCUGUAAUGCUCCAACACGUUGGUUUCCACAACAACGAUGUUCUCUUCCGUUAACUUCCAUUGUCCUCAAGAGGGGAGACAUUUUUUCUGCACAUUUUAAACACCUCAGUUUGUUCUUCAGUUCAUUCAUCCACCUAUGAAGGGCUGAGAGAUAGCGACUGA